AAGAAGAAUUAUUUCCAUACAGAGAAUGUAGUUGUUAAGAUGUUUCCAGGAUAAAUUGGCUAGUAGGUUUGAUAUGAAUCAAACUGUUUUAUAAACAAAAUAUCUAUAAAACAUGGAUGAAACGGAUUUUGACGAUUUUGAUGCUGCUUUUAACGAUGAAUUUUCCUUGUCUCCUGUUUCACCUUACUCCUCACUUAGUGACAGUCUAUCACCAUUUUCAAAUGACUCUUUAACCUCCAAUAGUCGGAGUCGAGACGAUGGAUUACGUCGACGAAAACGACGACGAUGUCCGUAUCAGCUUGUGCAACAGAGAGAAGCCGCUAAUCAAAGAGAAAGAAAACGAAUGCAGUCUAUUAAUGAAGCGUUUGAAGGACUCCGUACACAUAUUCCAACUUUACCUUACGAAAAAAGACUCUCCAAAGUGGACACGUUAAGGCUUGCUAUAGGAUAUAUAUCCUUCCUGUCAGACUUAGUGCAAACAGACUCCGAUAAUCAGGAACGAUUAAAUCCGAAUUCCGGAUUACAGGCGCGGAAAGUUAUCAUCCAUUACCAUACAAGUUCAUCCGUGGAUGACAGUGAAAUGUAUGGACUACCGCCCCUGACCGGACACUCCUUAUCUUGGAGAGACGAAAAAAUGCCCAUGGAUGGACGAAAAAAUAUAAUGGUAGCAAAAAUAUGGACACCGGAAGUUCCUCGAUCCCACAACAGUCCUCGGACAGAGACGGACUUUCCUGUUUUAGCUGACUCAACCAACCCCUUGUGAUCUAGAAAAACAUAUAUUUAUCAAUUGAUUUUAUAUUUAUAUCUAAUUACUAUAUUGUUAAUACGUAAAUAUUACAAUAUGUUUAAUAUUUAAGACAAUUAUAUAUACUUUAAUUUAACUUCUUUUUCACUAACUGUCGAACAACUCGAGAUCUGAUGUUGAACAGUGACAAAUGAUUUGACAAAUUGAAAUGAUUUAAUAGUGAGCCUUAAGGCUUGUGUGGGUUGCGCUAUAUUCUUAUUCUCGCCCAUCGUUAGUGCGCCCCAGUGAUUUGUUACUACGUGACUUAUAUUUAAGUAAUGGUGAGAGGUUUACUGUUGAUAGAGGAACUGUCACACCGAAUGUCCCAUACUUACCAAGUAUACAAGACGUCUUCAUUGUGACAUAGCUUAUAUAUGGAUAUUCAAUAGCAUAUGUGAUACAAUUAUUGACCGGAAAAUGUGGUGUAUAUCAAUCUACAAGAACUAAUGGAAAUCUGUAAGGAGUAUAUGAAAAUUAAUUUAGUUAGGAAUCUUUGCGAUUACAUUUAAUCGGUUUCUUGUAUUUUGAUUCAAACACGUUGAAAUUUCAGACAAUGUUAUAGAGAUUUGAAAAAAACGGAUUAACUAUGGAAUUACGUCAUGGUAUAAAUUAUCGUGUAUUUUUUCUAUUUCACGACUUUUAUUUUUAAAUUCUAAAUAAUAUGUAUAAAGUAUAAAUACCGAUAUAUUUUAAGAUUGUCGUAAAGUAGUGCUAGUACAUAUUAUGUGAUGUACAGCAGUGUAUAUGGUAUUGUGUAACAAGUGUGUCUUACCCGGGACUAAUGCAAUGUAUAAAGUGAUAUCUCUCUACCUGUAUACCUAUGCUAUACCUAUAAUAUACCUAUCAACAUAUUGAUUCUAGUCUAAAGGAAUAAAUAUUUUACUUAAAGAA